AAACAUGGCUGCCCACUGCUCAUCAAUGGUGAUUUUAUUUUUGACUCGUGUUCUUUCAAUUUCGCAACAAAGGAAAGUUGAUAGAGUUUGUUUUCGAGUCUGAUUUACUAAAGGCCACAAGGCGGUGUGUGAAGCGUAAGUAGAAUUCUGUUCUGGACCGUUAGAACCACGUUACCGAAAGCAUCAGAUCAUUACAGUAACAGCACGGAUUCGCUGUCUACACCAAAUUAACUUGUAAAAGCCGCAGUUGAAUUGCUGGCUUGCCAGUAUACCAGCCUACGCUACAUUUUGUGCUUCUGCAAAAGCACUGAAGAUCUAAACGCAUAGCUAGCUAUAAAAACCCAAUCAUGUUUGGGAAUCUUUUUGAAGAAGAUGAGGACGAGGGAGUCCCUCCUAGCGUUUCUGGGGGUAGGGUUGGAAAGGGGGGAGACGAGCUGACCCCUCCAAGAGGAAGAAAUAAACUUAGCGGCAUAAAAAAUCAGGGAGGGACGUGCUACCUCAACUCCCUGCUACAGACUCUGCUGUUCACCCCAGAGUUCAGAGAGGAGCUGUUCAAUCUUGGUCCGGAACAACUGGGUUACCUGGAAGACAAACACAGCCCAGAGGCAAAGGUCAGAGUGAUUCCUUUGGAGCUACAGAGGCUGUUUGCCCGUUUGCUCUUAGUGGACCAGCAGACAGCGUCUACAGCUGACCUCACUGAAAGCUUUGGCUGGAGCAACAGCGAGGAGAGCAGGCAGCAUGACGUUCAGGAGCUGAACAGGAUUCUCUUUAGUGCUCUGGAGCACUCUCUAGUGGGCACCAGCGGUAGUACGCUCAUCCACCGACUGUACCAUGGAACCACGGUCAACAGCAUCGAGUGUAAGGAGUGUGGCAACGUCAGCCAGAGACAGGAGGACUUUCUGGACCUGACUGUGUGUGUACGUGGUGUAUGCAGCCUGGAGGGGGCGCUGUGGGACAUGUUUGUGGAGGAGGAGAUGUUCCAGGGCAGUAACCUUUACCGCUGUGCCCAGUGUGACAAACUAGUUACAGCUGCCAAGUCUGCCAAGCUGAGGAAGCUGCCUCCGUUCCUCACCAUGUCCCUGCUGAGAUUCAACUUUGACUUUGCCAAGUGUGAGCGCUACAAGGAGACGGGCCGCUACACCUUCCCCCUCAACAUCAACCUGAAGCCCUUCUGUGAACAGGUGGAGGGAGAGGACUCGGAUUACUCCUACGAGCUCUUCUCGGUCAUCAUCCACAAGGGAGGCUGCUAUGGCGGCCAUUACCACGUCUACAUCAAAGACAUAGACCAUCUUGGCCAUUGGGAGCCACUGGAGGACGAGGUCAAACUGAAAGGCCAGACGAAAAAGGAGGUCAAGGUGUGCGAGCCUGAGCUGGAGAGGGACGACCCCCUGUCUGUGGUCACCGCCAUCUUAGUCCAGGAGCCGUCCAAGAGUGUGCUCCUGGACCAGCUGGGACAAAAACUGAUGGACAAGAUUGGUUCUUCCUGGAACAAGAAGUAUAGGAAACAUCAUGGUCCCAUAGGCAAGUUUCUUCAGUCACAUGGAGAUGUGUUUGUCUUGGUGUCAAGCGGCACUCGAGUGACUCUGAAGGCCAGCCCAGGCACGGAGCCGGCCAGCCCGGCCAAUGGAAGCCCUGCCCUCCACCCUCACCUGGACCACAGCAGCACCAAUAGCCAACCAGAACCAGGACCAGAGGGUCCACACUGGUUCGACCUGAAUGACUCCUCAGUGACAUGCAUCAGGGAAGAGGACAUCCACAAGCAGUUCCAGGGCAAAGAGAGUGCCUACAUGCUGUUCUACAGGAAGACCCUGCUGCACAGGCCUGCAGAGGCCCUGAGGAAUCCUGGGUACAAAGUUCCCUCUCAUCUGCUGGAAAUGACCCGGGAAGAGAACCACAAGCUGCAGCAGAUCCGAGAGGAGUUUGAGUCCAGCAGUAACAGCGUGGAGUUACGCCUGCACCUAGCACCAUCCUACAGACUGGAGAACGGAGCCCUUCAGCCAAUAAACGCAGAGAAAGGAAAAGCUGUCAACCUUACCUUUGACCGGCGCAAGACUGUUGGGGAUCUACGAUUGUCUAUAUACCAGAUGCAGGAACUGUGGGACGGCGAUAUGGCUCUGACUGUGGCCAAAAGUCUGCCUGCGGGCUUACACCUCUAUAACACUCUCCAAGAUGACAACAUGUUGCUGUUCAGCGCAGGCAUAUACAGCAACUCUGACCUGUUUGUAUGGAAUGGCAGAGAGGUGUGUGGUGCGACUGUCCAGACUGGAGCCGAGUGGGAGCCUGUGCUGCUGACUGUUGUGCGGCCCUCCCUUGGGGAGGACAUGGAGGGGGAGGAUGGAGGAGAGGGUGCACGUGGGGGAGGUGGGGGUGAGGGGGAGGAUGCCGGCUCCGGGCUCAAAAGGGAAGCGAGGGGCUUUGCCGGGGGGGCGACUCUAGGCCAGGUGAGGGAAGCUCUGGGGGGGCCCCUGGAGAGCCUGUUGUGUCAGGAACAAGAAAAGGGGGUUGGAAAACGAGGGAAGGGGAGAGGGGGAGGAGAGGGCGGGGGGGCGAGUGGGUGGAGGGUGUUUCCCCCUGAAGACAUGCAGAAGACCCUCAGAGAGCUGGCCCUCAAGGACGGCGAUGCUCUGCUGGUGCUGGAGCCACACUCAUUCGACAGCAGUGUUUUCAAUCUGAGCGGGGAUUUGGUUACCGUGACAACACCAUCAGACUGCCGCUGGCUGCAAGUGAAGUACCGACCCAAUCGAGGAGGUGGAGGAGGAGGAGGAGAAGAAGAGAAAGUAGAGGGGGAGAAGGAGGAGGAGGAGGAGAGAACGGCUAAAGUCCCAGCUUCUGGAAUCAUGCUGCUGUGUGAGGUGAAACAGAGAGCCAUCGAGGAGCUCCAGCUGCAGGAAGAGCUAAUAGGUGUAGAGUGCUGUCUGAGGCAGAUUGACCGCAGAGGCAGGCUACUGCCCCCAGUGUGUGAGGACCUGAGUGUCCGGGAAGCCGGGGUUAGGCUCAUGACCUCUCUGACCCUGUGCCCUGGAACCGCCCCCAAAGCCACACAGCUGUUUCUUUACUUCUCUGUGGGAACAGCACCCUCCUCUGGCAAGGAGAGAGACAUCAUCGUGGAGGAGAGCAGCUCAGUGAAGGAGUGUCUGAAGAGAAUGCUGGAAGAAGCUGGUCUUGAAGGCGACUGUUGGCACUUGAGGAAGCUGGACUGGUGUGAAGAGGUUGGAGAGGCGCUGAUGGAUGAGGAUGCCUCUCUCUCCGAGUUGAAAAUCAGUCAUGGCGACACAUUGGUUGUCACUGAGGGACAUCUACCUCCCAAGGGUUUUAUCAAGCUUUCUGUUUGGCUCUACGUGAAUCAGACUGACGAGGCAACAGUCUCCAUGGAAACAGAAGUCAGUCACACUGCUGAGAGACCAGGAGAUCAGCAGCGGCUGGAGGUUAUGACUGCAGUGGGAGGGGCCAUGACAGAGCUGAGGAUUGUGGGACAGGUAGAGAUCACAGAGGAGGCCACACUGGAGAACCUGAAGACUCAGGUGCUGACACUGCCAGCCCUGCAGUGUGUGUGUGCGCCCACACCUGCCUUCCUGCGUCUGUGGCACCUGGAGGGCCAGAGACUGAGCCGCGUCCUCAGGGGACACCAGCUCACCCUCCGGAAGUUGAAGCUGGCCAGUGGGGCGGAUAUCUGUGUGCAGCAGCUCCUCAAAGAGGAAGAUCUAGGACCUAAGGAGUUGCUGCUGCAUGUUCAGAUGGGCGUGCCGGGGGAGAGGGGGUACUACCCUCCAGAGGAGCUGGUCUGGGACGCCUCCCGGGACUCUGCCCCGCGCUGCCUGCGCUCGGCCCUGGCUGCCCACUCCGGCCUCUCCCCUGACUCCCUGCUGCUGGCCAAACACCAGGCAGACAAGCACACCUGGGACACCAUCUCCAGCUGGAGCCAGCAGGUGUCAAAACGGAAAAAGAAGAAAAAGGCAGAGUCUCUGCUGGGUGCCCCAUUUCAUCUCAAAGACGGUGACAUCAUCGGUGUCAAGAAUCUGCUGAUUGACAGCAACCGGGACUUCAGCACCCUACAAGAUGAACAGGGUCAGCAGAGGCUGAGGGAGGAAGCCGAGCAACGCAGGAAAGGAGGGCAACCUGCAACUGGGACCAUCCAGAGGGCUGGACCUGACAAGAAGCCAGAGUCCACCAAAGCCAGGAAGCCAGAGGUGGCCCUGUCAAUCAAUGUGGGGGUUUUCAGAUAGGCACGCAUCCAGACGGAACUUGUCACUGUGGUGUCAAUCAACCAGACAAUCUGCGACUGAGGGUGGUUUGUGUGCCAAAUAACGCAUGGACACAGCAAAACAUUAUGAUACAAGUAGAGGGAAGAGAGGAGAACUGAGACAUACAAUAACUGGACUGGGAAUAUGUACAUAAACACCAGACCUGUGAUCUCUACUGUCAGUGUUUACUCUUACUUUGGGAAUCUCCAACCCCCCAUCUCCUGUAUCUCUCUCUCUCUCUCUCUCUCUCUCUCUCUCUCUCUCUCUCUCUCUCUUUCUCUCUGUAUCUCUCUCUCUCUCUCUGUAUCUCUCUCUCUCUCUCUCUGUAUCUCUCUCUCUCUCUCUCUCUCUCUCUCUCUCUCUCUCUCUCUCUCUGUAUCUCUCUCUCUCUCUCUCUCUCUGUAUCUCUCUCUCUCUGUAUCUCUCUCUCUGUAUCUCUCUCUCUCUGUAUCUCUCUCUGUAUCUUUCUCUCUCUCUGGCAUGCCUUAAUAAUAUGGACAAGAGCCAAUGCUACUUUGUCCCUCCUACCUCACUCUCUCAAUUCUUUCUUCUUCACAGUAUUCAAAAGUGCUGUCACUCCUUCUUUGAUCUCCGAGACCUUACAUCCAGAUUGUAUUACCAAUGAAUCAUGUUUUACUAGUGUGCGCAAUGAUCUGGGUUUGUGGAUUUCAGGGAUUUAAAAUAGCAACGAUGAAACAAAACAGGUGAAACGUCAAACAUACUGUAACGGUUGUCAAGUACAGUACAGCUCUACUAUGCAUUCAGCUUUCAUGGUUGUAUUUGAGUUGGUAUUUAAAUAUUCAAGAUUGAUUUGUGUGUUAUUCAAAAUGGAUCCCCCUCCUUUUUCAACCUGUAAUAUGAUCACUUGUUGUAAGGAGAGAGGGGGAAGACAUGGCAACACAUUGGGAUUUUCACAGAAGCCUACUUGCUGCAGUUUGUUGCAAUAAUGUCUCCUUUAGUAAGAAGGCUUUAGUACAAAUAGUACAUAGUCAAGUAAAUUAAGAGUUUUUCAUCAUACAUUUUGGGAAAAUACCGGGCAACUAUUGUUUUCUAUGAUGCUGUAUCAUUUGCCAAAAGAGUAACACAGAAAUGUAAUUGGGGUUGAUCUACAAUAUAUAUAUGGUAAUAUUUUUUGUGUCAAAUAAUGUAUAUAAACUAAGCAUUGAUUAAAGUGAACACACUCUUAAGUUCA